AAAUGUUGGAAACAAUGCACAGUCUUUCCACCAGCCUUAAGUGAUCUGCCUCCUCCCAUGCUGGACCUGUUCGAUCUAGAUGAGACAUUCUCUUCUGAGAAAGUGCGCCUAGCACAGCUCACUAAUAAAUGUACAGACGAUGAUCUUGAAUUCUACGUGCGUAUAUGUGGUGAAAUUCUGGGGGUGACUCCAAAGUUGGAUAAAGAUCAGAGGGAUGCCAAGCACAUCUUGGAGCACAUUUUCUUUCAGUUUGUAGAGUUCAAGAAACUCAAUCAGGAGCAUGAUGCUGACGCAGAGGCACCAUUCACUCUGAUGUGAUUGGAUUCAAGAAACAUGUUAGCAUUUUCAUCUCUGUCUUUUCAAUAUACUGAAACAUGACUAAGCAGAUGUGAGUAUAUUCCUUCAGUAAAGGAGAAUGUAAAGGGACCAUUACAGCUGUUGUGGAAGAUGCAGUAUCAGCAUGGGUACUGUUUGUUUAACAAACUGUAUAUACAAGAGAUGUGUUUUUAUAUCUUUCUAGAAUUCAUUUUGGAAGAAAAAGAAAAUGUACAAUACACUUAAGCAAAUAGUCAUUGAUACUUUUAUAAAUAAUCAAAUCUUUAAAAACAACCUUUGUUUUUCUCUUAUUGUUUGUUAGGCUGUCAAUUAUUAUUGUUUGCUAAGUUGUUUAUCAUUUGACAUCUCCCCCUUCAUGACAGCAAUGUGAAAAGACCUCUUUAGUGACAGCUUUGCACAGAUACAAGUCAGUAUAGUCAAGGUCAGACAUUUAGGGCACAUACAAGAAGAGAAACACAUUUUUGCUGGGAGGGAAUCAUUUAAAAAAAACUUUUUUGUGUCUGCUAUGUGUAAGUAAGUAUGCAAAUGUUAGCCAUGCAGCAGGCUGUGUGCCUGCUUCCCUCUUUUAAAGUUCUCCUGCUUAUAAGUGGCUAAACAAACAAAUAAUAUAGCUUUAAAUACAAGUUAACACUCAUCAUAAUUUUAAUAAUAUGACAAUGACAACAUAGUUAAGACAAAACACCUUUUUGUGUAGAUCAGAAAAAAACCUUUAUUGUCCUUCACAAGGCAAUGUUAAUUAGACUUUUAGGCUUUGACACAGCUCAUAAAACAUGCA